AUGUCGCCUCCGUCUACCUCAGCUUCUUCUUCUUCUUCCACCACUGCUCGCAAUCGUCUCGCGUCACUCUCCGCUCAAAUCAUGGGUUCUGCCAGCCCGUCCGUCUUUUCCACCUCGGUGGUCCCUGCCGCCCCCGAGGAUGCGCUCUUUGGUCUGGCGCAGGCCUUCCGGAAUGACCCCUCCGAUAAGAAAGUCGAUCUGGUUAUCGGCGCCUAUCGUGAUGACAAUGCAAAGCCUUGGAUCCUCCCCGUCGUGAAAAAGGCCGGUGAUCUGAUUCGCAAUGAUCCCUCCAUCAACAACGAAUACCUCCCUAUCAAAGGUCUCCCUGAAUUCACCUCGGCCGCCCAGAAGGUGAUCCUGGGCGCUGACAGCCCUGCGAUCCGCGAACAACGAGUGGCCACGUUCCAAACCAUCUCCGGCACAGGAGCCGUCCAUCUGGGUGCCCUCUUCCUCGCCAAAUUCCACCCCGCGAACCCCAAGCCCACCAUCUACCUCUCCAACCCAACCUGGGCCAACCACAACCAGAUCUUCACCAAUGUCGGCCUCUCCCUCGCCACCUACCCCUACUUUGACGCUAAGACGAAAGGACUCAACUUCGAUGGCAUGCUGAAUGGCAUCCGUGAGGCCCCCGCUGGCUCCGUCAUCCUCCUCCACGCCUGCGCCCACAACCCGACCGGUGUCGACCUCACCCAAGACCAAUGGAAACAGCUUGCCGUCGUCAUGCGCGAGCGCCGCCACUUCCCCUUCUUUGAUACCGCAUACCAGGGCUUCGCCUCGGGCGACCUGAACCGCGACGCCUGGGCGGUGCGAUACUUCAUCGAGCAGGGCUUCGAGCUGUGUGUCGCGCAGUCCUUCGCGAAGAACUUCGGUCUGUACGGUCAGCGCGCGGGCGCGUUCCAUUUCGUCUCGGCGCCCGGCGCCGCCGCCAAGAACGAUAUCGCCAAUGUGGCCAGUCAACUGGCUAUCCUGCAGCGGUCGGAGAUUUCGAAUCCCCCGGCAUACGGUGCGCAAAUCGCCAGCCGCAUUCUGAACGACGCCACCUUGUUUGCUGAGUGGGAGGAAGACCUCCGGACCAUGAGUGGGCGCAUUGCGGAGAUGCGGAAAGGCCUGCGUGAGCGUCUAGAGGCCAAGGGCACGCCAGGCACAUGGAACCAUGUGACGGAUCAGAUCGGCAUGUUCAGUUUCACAGGCUUGACCGAAGCACAGGUCAAGUUGUUGCGGGAGAAGUGGCACAUCUAUAUGACCAAGAACGGCCGAAUCUCGAUGGCCGGCCUCAACACACAUAACAUCGACUACUUCGCAGAGGCAGUCGAUAGUGUCGUCCGGGAGACAUCGUAA